UCUUUUUUCGGUCACCCUCGCUGACAAGCAUUGAUUACUGAAUAGCUAUCUACCAGUGCAUUGCCUAUGACAGAAAACUUUUUCUACGCCAUUGCAGGCACUAACCUGGUUCCUAUUUGGGCUCUGUCGUAGAGUCAUAUUUUCUUCUCUCUUCCACAUAUUUUUUUUUCUCUACGAAUCUUCGUUUAGUGACGAUUGAACGUAUUAUAAACGAAGGAAGGGGAAGGAGAAAUAAACCAAGAUGGGUAACACAUACACCGCAUUUAGGGUGCAGGGGUUACCCACAUAUUACCCUCCUAAUAAAACUCCGGUCACCGCCGACGUACUCGAAAUCGGUUUCGUCUUUGCUUUCUUGAUCACGUUCUUCUCCUUCAUCAUCAUCUUGCCCGGUAUACGGGGAAUGCAGAGAUGUUACAGUUUUAUUCGGAUCACAGUCAGCCUUUUCAUCGGUGCCGGUAUCAUGUUGUCUCUUUGGGGACAAGAAUGGGAGAAGGCCACCCUUCAUGACAUCAGUACAUACUACAAGGCGUUCUCUCCCUACGAAAUAGAACACGCUGACAUCGAAGUGAAGAUAGGACUCAACAGCGUCAACAUCACACUCAAAGCUCCUGAAGGUGUCCCAGAACAUCCGGAAGAGAUUAUCAACUACAAUGAACGAUUCCAUUUCUAUGGCAGCCAGGGACGUGGCGGAUUCGGGCGAUUCUCUGGACGUAUCAACCGUGAAUUCCGUGAGGCCCAGUGGUCUGGUAAGCCCUACCCUGUGCUAUGGGUUGCUGAAUAUUUCACUUUGGAUGGUGAAGAUAUCCGAUGGGGAAGGUCAUACCGAUUGGCUGGAUUCUACGCAUACAUCAUGGUCUGGCUAGCCUUCCCACUGUGGAUCCUGGCUAAUAUCUUGUUCUUCAUGGUCAUCCGAAACGGUGCCUACUUCCUCAUCAUGACCGGUGGUAGUCUCUUGACCGCUAAUGUUCUUUAUGCAAGCAUUCGAUACGGAUCGGAAUUAAAGAUACCGUUUGGGGCGGACCACAUUCUUACCUUCUACAAGGGACCCAGUUUCUGGCUUUGUAUGGUUGCUGGCUUGAUAUCGGUCAUAUGCGGGUUCAUCGUCCUCGUCAUGGAUUACCUGUAUCCACUCGAGAUCGCAACCUUCUUCAACGUCGAUCCCCUCCAGGACUUCGAAGAUACUUACUUGAUUGAGCAAGCCGGUGGCAUGGAUGGAUCCAACUUCGAAGGCGGCAAGUCGAACGGAGAUAGUAACGGCCAAGAAGUAUGCCAGUCCCCUCCACCCGAGCCCAAGGGGAGGUUUGAGUAUCGCUCUCGUUUCCAAUCACGCUUUGCUAAGUCAAGGCGUCGACCACGUCCCACACAGCGAGGUGGCGGACCGGACGGCAUCGAGGAGGGUGACGAAGCAGCGGAAUCAUCUACACCUACAAAUCAAAGAACAAGCGAACAACCAAGCGCAAACAUCCAAGACAUCCCUCUGAAGGUGUUGGAAGAUACUCCAAAAAGUCCGACAACGGACAUGUAAACGAAGGCAUUGAGAUGGGUGAGACGAGCCAAGAUCGGCCAAGCAGUGGCGCUGCUGCCACGCUGGGAGCUGAACUAGACGAAGUCGAUUUGUCAGAGCCCACAUACCAAAACACUGCAGUCAUAUCGUAAAUUAGCAACCACACACACCUGCUCGAUAUUCGGUUCCAUGACAUUUGCCCGGCGACAAUUGCUCCUCGGAAAAUUCCACACAUUAAUGGAUUGAUCAAUUUCAACCCUAGAUUGAACACCAUACCCUAUCUUUAACCUGAAUUUCUUAGAUGAAAUAAUGCAUGGAGCAAUUAUCGUCGGAGCAAACGUCGUGUCACCCGAUGGGUUCGCCUUUUUUCAAUCUCCCCCUCUCUCUCUCGUUUUCAUUCAUGACGUCAUACCGAAAAACUAGAUGUCUAACGAAAUGUGACUUGUGUAAUUGUGAGUUUUGUGUAUCAUUUUGUACAUAUUUAAAACCUCUCUUUAUGGCUUCGACUCUGAGGGAGUAGUAAUAUAGUUUUAUCAACUUUGAAUGAAGACCGAAUGAAAUCAUUCGACAUUCAGAUUAACUGUUAAAAUACGCCACACCACUUUAUAAACCAGUACUAUUACAAGAAUGCUACAGCAUCUAACAACGACAUAUAAUAAAUAGGAGAGCUUAUUGUGAUUGAUUAGUCAAAAAUACUUUGAGCUUGACGGAUUUGAGGAUUAAAAAAAAACGAUUUCUUAAAAAUCAAUAUAGGCAUAGUAUAUUUGAUGAAAUUCCUAAUAAUUGUACUUGUUUAAAUGUGCGUUGUUUGAAAUAUCGGCACCUGUACUUGUGGUCAACAAAUAUUACAUGUGGAUAGGCAAUAUUACAGGUGGAUAAGCAAUAAUGUAUUUUGUAUGAAAUUGAUCCCGGGUUUAUACCGUUUUGUCUUUCUUCCUAUUUUCUUCCAUUUAUUUCUUUAAUAUUUUUGUUGUAUGUGGACUUUGGUAAAUACAUUGUGGAUAAUAUAUCCUAUUGAUGUUACCCAGUUGUACUCAAAGGCGACUUGUAUAUAGUCAUCAUCUCAGAGAAUAUAUAUUUUGUUCCAAUGGUAUAUUGCUAUUGUACUUGUACUUUUGAGCGAGAUAAUUUAUAUAUUUUAUUAAACGAAUAAAUUGCUGAGCUGAAAGCAAAGUUCCCCAAUGGAUUUGUCAAUAGUGCGAUUAUAAUAAUAAUGAAACAAUCUUUAGCAAAUAAAUUAUGGCUGACAUAUUUAGUAGUAAAAUAUAACAAAAUGGUUUGAAAUUUUACAGUAAGAUGGUCAUAAGAAACAUUUAAAAACUUAUGCAUAUUUUCGUACCAGGAAAGCGUUUCAUUAAUAAAUAAAGUGUAAUAAAUAA